AUGCUCAUAUCUAUCGAUCUAUCUGUUAGGGCUGUUCGUAUCUAUAUAUCUAUCUCUUUCUGUGCAUGUCUAUCUACCUAUCUAUCGCAUUCUGUUCAUAUCUAUCUCGUUCUAUACAUAUCUAUGUCAUUCUGCUCAUAUCUAUAUAUUUAUUUAUUAGGUAGCUCAUAUUUAUCUAUCUAUAUUUUCUAUGCAUCUACCUAUCUAUCACAUUCUGUUUAUAUCUAUCUCGUUCUAUACAUAUCUAUGUCAUUCUGCUCAUAUCUAUCUAUUUAUCUAUUAGGCCAGCUCAUAUCUAUCUAUCUAUCUAUCUAUCUAUCUAUCUAUCUAUCUAUCUAUCUAUCUAUCUCAGCCUAUUCCUUUCUCUCCAUCGGUUUCUUCAUAUCUAUCUAUCUAUAUUUUCCGUGCAUGUCCAUCUACCUAUCUAUCGCAUUCUGUUUAUAUCUAUCUCGUUCUAUACAUAUCUAUGUCAUUCUGCUCAUAUCUAUAUAUUUAUCUAUUGGGGCAGCUCAUAUCUAUCUAUCUAUCUAUCUAUCUAUCUAUCUAUCUAUCUAUCUAUCUAUCUAUUAG